CAAUCACAACCAGUCGUUAAUGCAUGAAUGCGUGUGUGAUUUGAAAAGUCCCCUUCCCUUCAACACGCAGCCUUUUCCCUUUUUUUCCUAUUUUAACUACUUAAAUAAUACACGCUACGUUAUUACCCAGCAAAACCCCAAAUCUAAGGCAUUUCUUACUGGAAUACGAUGUCGUCAGAACCGCGCGCACUACCCUUUGAUUAUAGACUACUUCCCCUUGAUCGAUCGAAAAAGGAAAUCAGACUUCUCAAGCUGAAGCUCGAGGGUACCCUUCACAGUUGGCGUCAGACAUUUAAUAGCGGAAUAACCAAUAGCGAUCUCGAACCCCAGCUUAACGAGAACUUAGACCUCGAACGGCCCGCCGAGUGCGAAUUACUGAAAGCCAGCCUAGAAGCAUCCCCAGACUUCCACGCCCUUUCAUACGUAUGGGGUCCUUCGACUAAGUCAAUGCGGCUAAUUCUUCGAGUAAACAAUCAUUAUCCCGACAUACCGCUAGGCACGACGGAUUCUUCAGAAACGUUUGAAGUCGAAAUCACGGAUAAUUUACAUCUCGGUCUAAUCCACUAUAGGGGGUCGAAGUCGGAUAUAGGACACCUGCUCAUUUGGGUAGACGCUAUCUGUAUAAACCAGAAGGACAACAAUGAAAAGUCGUGGCAAGGUUCAGAUGAUGCGAGAAAUAUGUAA